AUGGCACCGGCCGGCCGGCCAUACCUCGAUCGUUCGAGAGCAAUCGUGAGUCGUGACCAGCUCCUUCUUGCUUUCCAAUACAUGGCAGACUAUCUCUACGGACAAGGUGUCAAUUUGACCAUAUAUGUGGCCGGAGGCGCAGUCAACACCAUCUACCUUCGUUCUCGACACAGUACUGGCGACGUCGACUUUUUUGGUUCAAACGAGCAAAGUCGUCAGUUGAAAGAUGCAUCAAAGUAUGCUCAACGGCAUUCCGAAUCCCAAUUCCGCGCAAACUGGUUCAACAACUCUAUGUCGCUGUUUUUGGGCCGUGCUAUGGAGCAAGACCUCAUCGGAGCAUCGCAUCACCAGAAUGCAAUCCUCUUCGGCAAGUCCGGACUCACAGUCUAUGGUGUCCCCUGGGAAUACGCAUUGUGCGGCAAGACGGACCGGCUGACGAAACCAAACAAACGUCCAUACGACACCGCAGAUGCCGUGGCUUAUCUUUGUAAAUGUGUUGAUCCAAGCGCAGCAUAUUGA